AUGCUUAUGUAUCCACGUAAGGAUCUCAUCACCGAUCCAUACAACCCAGAGGACAUCAUCAUACAAGACGAUCAAUAUUCGCAGAGCUUCGACGAUAACUCGCAUUAUCAGUCCUCGCUACAACCGCCUUUCCACUAUCAACCUCAGUUUGCCUCUCCGCCUUCAUCCGCGCCUUCCUCUCCCACCUUCUCCUCGCCCACCUUCUCCAUUCCUUAUCCCCAGGCGGACAAUCAGUCCUUUGGGGCUCCUUCGAUGACCCCAGCUUCUUCAUACAAUCCGUCUUUCGAUAUCCAGGGCUCCGCCUCACCUUGCCAGCAGUACCUUCCCCAAUAUCAGCAAUAUUAUACGCCCAUGUUGGCGCAACAGCCCAUCGCCAGCAAUCAGGGUUGGGACAGCAACCUGCAGUUGCUGAGCCCGGCACGCAUUUCUUACCCCCAGAAGCCGUCGCCCGGUCCAGCUUCUUCACGAUCUGUGCCUUCAGGUCAUCCGGUCUCGCCCAACAUCAACUCUCACCGACGAUCGACGAGCAACUCCAAGCCGCUACCCACACCGUCUCAGACUCCGGUCCAGAAUUCCUUCCUGGCGGCUCCUUUCCAGAACUACGACCCAUCGUACCAUGAUGCUAGUCACGCUGAAGCGGAGUCUGCUAUGAGAAAGGCUAUUUUGGAUCAACAGCAGAAGCACCAGUCAUCCCCCUCUCAGCAGCAGCAGAGUGAGUAUUCUUUGGCUCCCUCGGUUUCGACCAUCAGCCACAACUCGCCCGUCACCCCGCAGACCAGCCUGGAGGAGCUUGACGAGUCGAAGAUGACCAAUGGUGAGACACGAUUCGCUGAUGUGGACCGUUGGAUGACCGAUUACUUACAAUUUGACUCAGAAUAUGCCAACGGCAACAGCGGAGGGAUUGGUAUUCCCAAGCUGAAUCGGACAAUUUCCGAUAUUUAUCAGGACGAGCUGUAUAACCCCAGCAUCAUGGCUGCUCCCCAGAUGAACAAGCCGAUGAACCAGAACAUGCUCGCUCCACGCAAUGUCAUUGCCGACCGCCUCAAUGCUGCUAAUCAGGGCCACCUGACAUCUCGCUCGGGAUCCCCCUUGGGCGGUAUGAAGCGCGAGCACUCACCCUUCCGUGCGUCCUCCCCAUUUGCGGGCGACUUGAACGCUCCUCUCCCACCCCAGAUGGCGACUAGCGUGCCCAUGACUCAGAACAUGGGCAUGUCCUCUGGCAAUCCUGGUGAUAUCAAGACCAUGUCCCCCAAGGACGCGGUCUUGGACUUCAACGAGGGUGAUGAUGCGGCCAUGCCUCCUCUGUUCACGCCCGGCCAGGGUGACUUUAAUCUGGGUGAUGCACUGGGUCUGCGCCGCGAGAGCUCCGGCUCCAUGCGCCUACCGCAGAACAUGACAUCCAUGGAGGCAUUCCCCUCCCAGUACGCUACCACUCAACCUCAAUUUGGAUACCCCCAGCAGACUCCGCGCCAGCCGAUGAUGCAACAAGCCGACUUCCCUUCCUCGCUUCCUCACUACGAAUCCAGUGGACAGUCGUCUGUGGACAUGACUUCUCAGGCUCAUGCCAAGCUGCCUAUUUCCUCGGGCAUUACCCGCCCGAGUAACACCUCCUCGGACGCGGGUACCUACACUUGCACAUAUCACGGAUGCAGCCUCCGAUUCGAGUCUCCCUCUAAGCUUCAGCGACACAAGCGGGAGGCCCAUCGCCAGACCACCCCCGGGGGUCACUUGAUUACACGCGAUACUUCGCUUCGCAACUCUCAGGCUGGACCUCACAAGUGCGAGCGUAUCAACCCUUCUACUGGAAAGCCCUGCAAUUCUAUCUUCUCGCGCCCUUACGAUCUGACUCGCCACGAAGAUACAAUUCACAAUGCGCGCAAGCUCAAGGUCCGAUGUCACCUGUGCACCGAAGAGAAGACCUUUAGCCGCAAUGAUGCUCUGACACGGCAUAUGCGCGUGGUGCACCCCGAGGUUGAUUGGCCUGGCAAGCAGCGCCGUCGCAAUCAAUGA